ACAAGGUUCCUCAUGCUGAGGACAACGUGCCCAAGGUUCCUCAUGCUGAGGACAACGUGCCUCACGCUGAGGACAAGGUUCCUCACGCUGAGGACAAGGUUCCUCACGCUGAGGACAAGGUUCCUCACGCCGAGUGCAAGGUUCCUCACGCCGAGUGCAAGGUUCCUCAGGCCGAGGACAAGGUUCCUCACGCCGAGUGACAAGGUUCCUCACGCUGAGGACAAGGUUCCUCACGUGAAGACAAGGUUCCUCACGCUGACGACAAGGUUGCUCACGCUGAAGACAAGGUUCCUCACGCUGAGGACAAGGUUCCUAACGCUGAAGACAAGGUUGCGCACGCUGAGGAUAAGGUUCCUCACGCUGAGGACAAGGUUCCUCACGUUGAUGACAAGGUUCCUCACGCUGAGGUCAAGGUGCCUCACGCUGAGGAAAAGGUUCCUCAGGCUGAGGACAACGUUCCUCACGCAGAGGACAAGGUUCCUAACGCUGAGAAGAUGGUUCCUCAAGCUGAGGACAAGGUUCCUCACGCUGAGGCCAAGGUUCUUCACGAGGGGGAGAAGGUUCCUCACGGUGAGGACAAGGUUCCUCACGCUGAGUGCAAGGUUCCUCACGCUGAGGACAAGGUUCCUCACGCUGAGCAGAAGGUUCCUCAUGCUGAGGAGAAGGUUCCUCACGCUGAGGACAAGGUUCCUGAAAUCCGAGGACAAGGUGCUCACGCCGAGGACAAGUUUCCUCACGCUGAGGACAAGUUUCCUCACGUUGAAGACAAGGUUCCUAACGCUGAGGACAAGGUUCCUCACGCUGAGGACAAUGUUUCUUACGCUGAAGACAAGGUUCCUCACGCUGAGGACAAGGUUCCUCACGCUGAGGACAAUGUUUCUUACGCUGAAGACAAGGUUCCUCACGCUCAGGACAAGGUUCAUCACGCUGAGGACAAGGUUCCUAACGCAGAAGACAAGGUUCCUAACGAUGAGAACAAGUUUCCUAACGCUAAGCACAAGGAUCCUCACGCUGAGGACAAGGUUCCUCAAGCUGAGGACAAGGUUCCUCAAGCUGAGGACAAGGUUCCUCAUGCUGAGGAAAAGGUUCUUCACGCUGAGGAGAAGGUUCCCCACAUCCGAGGACAAGGUUCCUCACGCCGAGGACAAGGUUCCUCACGCUGAGGACAAGUUUCCUCACGUUGAAGACAAGGUUGCUAACGCUGAGGACAAGGUUCCUCACGCUGAGGACAAUGUUUCGCACGCUGAAGACAAGGUUGCUCACGCUGAGGACAAGGUUACUCACGCUGAGGACAAGGUUCCUCACGUUGAAGACAAUGUUCCUCACGGUGAAGAAAAGGUUCCUCACGCUGAAGACAAGGUUCCUAACGCUGAGGAUAAGGUACCAAGCUCUGAGGACAAGAUUCCUAACGCUCAGGACAAGAUUCCUAUCGCUGAGGACAAGGCUCUUCACGCUGAGGACAAGGUUCCUAACGCUGAGGACAAGGUUCCUAACGCUGAGGAGAAG